AUGUUUUCUGGGUGUACAUUUUUGAUGAUUUUACUCAUUUCUCAGAUUGAAGAAAAGAUCAUCCUUCGAGUACAGGGUCAAGAACUGGUUCGUCCUAAAAGGCUUCCUCUGAUCCAGAAGCGAGAUGUUGGACACAUCCAUGACGAUGACAUACCGGAGACAUACGAAGAAGAAUUGUUGUAUGAAAUAAAACUAAAUAGAAAAACCUUAAUACUUCAUCUUCUAAGGUCAAGACAACUGAGAAAGAAUAUAAUAUUAUCACAAGAGGGUCAGUGUGGUAAAGAUUUUAGAAUGGGUCAAAGCAGUAAUAUUCCUAAAAAAAAAGGUCACAUUUCUAAAACUGGUGCCAUCACCUAUCGGACGAUUAAAUUUGAUCACUGUUUUUACCAGGGAGCCAUCAUACACGAGUACGACUCUGCUGCCAGCAUCAGCACGUGUAGCGGUCUGAGCUGGGGCUUCCAUGAGGGCUGGGACCUCCAACUCAUUUAUAAAACCUUGAACGUCUAUGUGACAUUGGUUGGCCUUGAAAUAUGGACAAAUGGAGAUAAAAUACAAUUAGAUUCAAACAUAGAAACUACCUUAUUGCAUUUUUCAACUUGGCAAGAAACAGUCCUUAAAACAAGGAAGAAUUUUGAUCAUGUUUUAUUACUCAGCAUUCCUGCACUAAAAUUCAGUAAAUGCAGCCAAAACCAAUACCAGCAAUUCCUGAAGGAUUACAAGCCAACAUGCAUGCUCAAUAUUCCAUUUCCUGCCAAGUUCGAUGAUUUCCAAUAUUGUGGAAACAAAAAGUUGGAUGAAGGAGAAGAGUGUGACUGUGGCCCUGUUCAGGAGUGCACUAAUCCUUGCUGUGAUGCACACAAAUGUGUACUGAAGCCAGGAUUUACUUGUGCAGAAGGAGAAUGCUGUGAAUUUUGUCAGAUUAAAGAAGCAGGGUCCACAUGCAGACCAGCAAAAGAUGAAUGUGACUUUCCUGAAGUGUGCACUGGCCACUCCCCUGCGUGUCCUAAGGACCAGUUCCAAGUCAAUGGAUUUCCAUGCAAGAAUGCGGAAGGCUACUGCUUCAUGGGGAAGUGUCCCACCCGGGAUGAUCAGUGUUCUGAACUAUUUGCUGAUGGGGCAAAAGAAAGUCAUGAUGUGUGCUACAAGAUGAAUAAAAAAGGAAAUAAAUUUGGAUACUGCAAAAGCCAGGAAAACAGAUUCAUUCCCUGUGAAGAGAAAGAUGUCAAAUGUGGAAAGGUCUACUGUACCGGAGGACAUCACUCAUCUCUCUUUGGAGAAGACAAAACCUAUCACCUCAAGGAUCCAAAGUGGAACCCCCAGAAUGGCACCAUCAAAUGCAAAACCAUGUUUCUAUACCACGAUUCUAAAGAUGUUGGCCUGGUUGCCUUUGGAACAAAAUGCGGAGAUGGAAUGGUGUGCAGCAAUGGUGAAUGCGUGAACAAUGAAAAGGUCUACAGUUCAACAAAUUGCCACUCUCAGUGUGAUGAAAAUGAUGCCUGUUUAUUCGAUAACUGCUUCAUUAGCAUGGCUAAGGAAAUCAAGAAAAGGGUGAAGAAAUGGAGUACAACAGAAUCCAGAAAGGUUAUUCUAAUUAAUAGAUAUAUCGCCAUCUUGGUGGUUGUGCUCGUCCUGGUUGUUACGGGCAUUGGCGUUGUCACAUUAUUAAUUCGUUAUCAAAAAUGUAUUAAGUUGAAGCAAGUUCAGAGUCCACCUAGGGAAACCCUGGGCGUGGAGAAUAAAGGAUACUUUGCUGAUGAGCAGCAGACAAGGACUGAGCCAGUCUUGCCAGAUAUCCAUCCCCUGCAUGGGAGAACUGCUGAGUCCUUGGAGAACCUUCCAAUCAGUUUUUCAAGUCCCCACUACAUCACACUGUGCAAAUUUGUUGCCUUGAAGCCAAUCCCCUGGGCAGUUGCAUCAGAAUCUUUAGCUCCUGUCUGUCUGAAAGAUGGAUUCCUGAAGGUUCUUCAACAUCUUGUGAAGGGAGGGAAAACAGAAUCCCAAACCAUGCGUGAAAAAAUCAUUUCGUUCAGGGAGGUGGAGACCAAUCGACCAGUACAGGUGCGUAUAAAAGCCACUGCUCCCGGUAGAGCGAAAGCUAUGGCAGCAACACAGGUGCAGAUGCUAAAGCCAAAGUCUACUUAG